CCAUAAGUCUUCCAGCGGUAUCACAGAAAGCUGGCACGGCGCUUUGCCCUCCUGUGAAAGCCAAGGUUUGCUAGGAGAAAUAGAAGGGAAGUUUACUGUCAUCUGGGCCUAGGAAGAAUGCUUGGACCCGUAAGGCAGAAGAUCCGAUGCCUCCACCCCUCUUAACCCAAGAAGGUUUCCCAGCAUGUUAGACGGGCAUCCGGUUGUCCAAUCCCACAAUGGACCCGCAAUCCGAAGAGAACGAUCCGGCAGGCCUACGGCUUUAUCACCUGGAUCUUUACGACUCCUACGAAGACUUGGAAAUCUUUUCGGAAGAGCCCUUCCAAAGACGGGAUCUGGCUUUGCAUGAGAACAGGAAGACGUCGUCAGCUGAGACUGCUGACGAGGCUCAAAGUGGCCUGCCGAAGGUGGCAGCAAGUCUCACAGAACGACCUGGUCUUGACAAGGGGAAGGGGACCGAAGCUGGGCAGCUAGCUGAUGUUGUCUCUAGUUCCGAGGGUCCAGCAGGGAAGGGUGGGUCACAUCCAACCAGCAAUGCAGCAAAGAACAGCCAUCCAGCAAUGGAGACGCCGCUGCCUAUGGUGUCUACUCAAAGCACACAGGAGCAAAGAACUCUUGGCCUGAACAAUGAUGCAGAUAAAUAUUGCAUCACGUGCUGCGUUCCAGUCAGAGCUCUUGAGCGAGCGGGUCACGGACAUGAGGAGCACGAGGUGAUCCCGCUGGUCUGUGUGGUUGAAACUGCAAAGGAUGAACUUCAUAAAAACUUGUCCAGAUUGGAAGAUCAGAUCACUCACCUGGAGUGUUUUUCUAGCCACUUGGAGGAAAUAUUUAUCACCGUAGAGGAGAACUUUGCCAAGCAAGAGCAGAACUUUGAGAGGCAGUACAAUGACAUGGCACAGACCCUGGAGCAAAGAUAUGAAGAAAAUUUGCAGGCUUUGGGAGAAGAAAAGAAGGAGAAGCUGGAAGUCCUGUAUGGGCAGUUGAUCAACUGCGGAGAAAACCUUGACACCUGCACAGAGCUAAUGGAAACUAUUGAGGAACUUGGCCAGCGUGAAAAUAGAGUGGAUCUGAUCAAGACUGCAUCAGCUGCGCUUCACAGAUUGGAUGAAUUUUUGAAAAAAGAUGUGGAUGUCAACCUUUUAACACCGGCAGACUUUGAAACCCGAGUCAUAGAUUCCUCUGAUGUUCAAGAACUAAUGGAUUCCUUUAGUAUAGUUCCAGCUUCUUUGCCACCUUGUGCACCGGUGAUGAACUCCCAGGAUCCCAAUUCAGCGACUGGUACCUCCGUGAAGGUGUGCUGGAGUUUCUUUUCGGAAGAGACUGUCGAAAGCUACCAGCUGUAUUACAAGCGAGUAAGCAACGAUACGUCAAAAGAAGAGCAAGCUGAAUUUAUGCUAAAUGUGAAAGAAACCUAUUGCACAGUAAUUAAUCUGGCGCCGAAUACACAGUAUGAAUUUUGGACGAGAGCCCUGAACAGAGCAGGAGCUGGUCCAGUGAGUGAAAGGGCUGUUUAUAUGACAGCCCCACUGCCUCCCGUUAUCAAAAGCAAGGAGAUUCAGAGCUGUGAACACGCAGCGUUGGUGUGCUGGCACUCUGGGAACACGAACCCCGUGGACUCCUACACGGCUGAGCUGUCCAAGCUGACCGAUGAAGAGGACAGGGAAGACGGGAAUGUCAUUAUGGAGUCCAUCGUUGGGAUUCCAAACUGCGAAGCUCUGAUCCAGCUGCAACCAAGACAGAACUACCUCCUCUCUGUGAAAGCCAUCAACAUGGGGGGUGCUAGUGAGAGGAGCAAACCUGUCUGCAUCCUCAGCACAGGCACCUCCUUUACUCUGAACGAGGAGACAGCCCACCCCUUACUAUCAGUCCUAGAAGACGGCUUGACGAUUGCAUGCCACAAAACAGAGAGUCCAAGAAGCAAUCUGUCCUUCCACGAAAAUAGUUUCACAAGGUCCAUUGCCAUCCUGGGGCAUGGGAUACCUUUUCAAGGAAAACAUUACUGGGAGGUGGACGUGGAGGAAGAGGGCGAAUACUGCGUUGGCGUGGCUUCGGAAAAUGUGUCCAGAGACAGCUAUCUGGGGACAAGCCACUCCUCCUGGUGCAUGAGACACACGCUCACUUCUUCCAGACACACCUAUGAAUUUCUCAACAAUGGGAUGUCCCCAGACAUCAGGAUCACGGUCCCGCCCCGGAGGGUCGGCCUUCUGCUCGAUUAUGGCCAAGGGACGCUGUCCUUUUUUAACACAGAUAUCGCACAGCACCUCUACACCUUUCACAGCUGCUUCCAGGAUUUUCUGUGUCCCUGUUUUGCUCUGAAAGAGCCCGGCACACUCAGGAUACGAAAUGGCAUCACCAUACCCACGUAUGCUCUCUCAUGACAGGUGCCCAGCACGUUGUGACUGAUGCAUGAUACUAUUAAGCCAAAAGCCCGCUAUUGCAGCCAUGAUCUCAUAUAAACACACUCUGGGUGCAAGCAUUGCCCCAAGCCUA